AUGCCGGAACACAAUGGGCUUGCGGAACGGAGACAUCGACAUAUUGUCGAAACGGGACUUGCUCUCUUGUCUCAUGCUUCUAUGCCUCGGUCAUAUUGGACAUAUGCCUUUGCAACGGCUGUGUACUUAAUAAACCGUAACUUAACCACAGAGGAGUCCUCCGCUGAGAUUGAUCUUCCUCAAUCAUCAUAUCCAGCAGUAAUGUCUAUUCCCAUCACCACUCAGCCGCCAAUACCGCCACCAAUUACUCACACUGUUCCUCCGCCACCGAUACCACCAACAGAGACCAACACCCCUGUUUCUCCGAUUGCCCCAGCUCCACCGUUAUUGGAAGCAUCGGUGUCCGAGGAGCGUACUACGACUGAGUCGAGUGAGAAAUCUGUCUCAACAUCAGCUCCAACAGAGAAUGUUGUGUUGCAACAAGCUCCUCCUCAGCCUCUGGUUCAGUUACGUACAAGUACAAGACAGCGAAAACCAGUCAACAAACUCAAUCUUCGAGCAGCUGUACUACCAUUGACAGAAUAUAUCCCCACCUCAGUUGCUGAAGCCUUAAAGGAUCCACGAUGGUGUAAAGCUAUGCUAGAGGAGAUUGAAUCUCAAAUACGAAAUCAUACUUUUGAUUUAUCUUCUCCUGAUGUUGCUUCUAAUAUUGUAGGAAUUGAUUUCCAUGACACUUUCAGCCCGGUCGUGAAGCCUGCAACGAUACGUAUUGUGCUGAGUGUUGCAGUCACACGUGAUUGGCCUCUUCGUCAACUUGACGUGAACAAUGCCUUUUUACAAGGGAAGCUUGAUGAAGAGGUUUAUAUGGCACAACCACCAGGAUUUGCAUCACCAGAGAAUCCGACUGCUGUUUGGAAGUUGAAUAAAGCGGUCUAUGGUCUUAAACAAGCCCCUAGGGCUUGGUACAAUGAACUCCGCACGUUCCUUCUUCAAUACGGCUUCCACAACUCUCUGUCUGAUGCGUCCCUGUUUAUCUACAAUCAUGGAGGCGUCUGUCUCUAUAUGUUGGUCUAUGUUGAUGACAUGGUCAUUACGGGCAACAAUGUCGACCACCUCAACAAAUUUUUCAACUCUCUCUCCUCUCGUUUUUCUCUUAAAGAUUUGGGGGAACUAUCUUAUUUUCUAGGUAUAGAAGUUCAACGCUCUCUCUCUGGACUCUUACUCACACAAACUCGUUAUAUUGCAGAUUUGCUGCAUCGGACUAAGAUGACUGAUGCGAAACCGGUGCCGACGCCGAUGUGUCCGACCACAAAGCUUACUCUAACAAGUGGUGAUCCUCUUCCUGAUGCUAAGGAGUUUCGUGCAGUCAUUGGGAGCUUGCAGUAUCUCUCUUUGACGAGACCGGAUAUAUCAUUUGCUGUUAACAAGCUGUCGCAGUUCAUGCAUAAACCAACAACGGAUCACUGGCAUGCCGCCAAACGGGUUCUUCGUUACCUCGCUGGUACUAUACAUCGUGGUCUCUUCCUUCCGGCGAGAAAUGCUCUCUCACUUCAUGCUUUUACGGAUGCUGAUUGGGGAGGCGAUGGUGAUGAUUACUCAUCCACUGGUGCCUACAUUGUCUAUAUUGGUCGCCAUCCGAUUGCUUGGUCUUCGAAAAAGCAAAAGGGUGUUUCAAGAUCUUCCACCGAAGCAGAGUAUCCCUCUGUUGCUGCAACAACUGCGGAAAUGUGCUGGGUCUUAUCUCUUCUACGAGAGAUUGGAAUCAAACCUACAUCAACACCAGCCAUUUAUUGUGACAACAAAGGAGCGACUUACCUUAGUGCUAAUCCUGUCUUCCAUUCAAGGAUGAAACAUCCUGCAUUGGACUAUCACUUUGUUCGUGAACGAGUUCAAGAUGGCACUAUUCGAGUUCAACAUGUUUCAUCUGACGAUCAGCUUGCAGACCUCCUCACCAAACCGGUUACUCGAGCUCACUUCCAAGAUAUGUGUCGCAAGAUCGGACUCACCAAGGGUGCUCCGUCUUGA